AUGUCAGCUAUCUCAGAGAGAGACCAAGAAGAACAAGAAGCACAAAACUCCGACGAAGAAUUUGACUCGGGCAACAAUUGCUUAAGCUUUUUAUGCUUCCCCUUUGGUCUCAAGAUCGACACAACUUCAUAUAGAUCUCUGUUGCUUGGAGAUUCAUCCUCAAGAGAGAAAUGGUGGGAAAAGAGAAGCAGGAGUGCGAAAGAGUUUGUUUUGCAAUCUAUUGGGAGUAUUAAGUUGAAGACGUUUGUGCAAAAGCUUAGGUUCAAAUAUAACGAUACUAUUGUUAAAAGGAGGAAGCCGAUAUUUCGCUAUGAUUCUAAGAGCUACAAGUUGAAUUUUGAUGGCAAUGGAGUUGAAGAUGGAGAAAUUCUCUACUUCUCGGAGAGGACUGCUGCUUGA